UGAGGAAACGAAGUCACCAGAUGCGAAAUCGAAAUGUCGAGAUACUGAGGAAACGAAGCGAUUCAAUAGUACUCAAUUUCUGAAAUUAACACAUCUUAGUGGGUCCACUUGAGCCUAUCAAUAGUACUCGAUUUGGGCCUUCAAGUUGAGCGAAAUAUUUUAGUUUUAUUUCAUUUUGGGCCUUCAAGUUUUACUUCUUUCCCAAUUUUAAAACUUUUUUUUUUCUCUUAAACGCAGAGCUCCGUCCUAGAGAUUUUCCUUUACAUCUAGCACAGAAGGUGUUUGAUUAAAUUCCUCACAGAACAUCUCUCUUUCACUAGGCGACUUUCAAGAAGAGAGGGGGAAGUUGAACAUAAUGAAGGACUACGAUGAGAGAACAAUUUGGACAUGUGACCAUCUACCUCUUAUGACGUCAUAUAACAAAGGCAAGAUGCAACAUUCUGUGUGGAAAGCCGAAUUUAUAGAUUCAAACCUUGAAGCUUCUGCUUCAUGUUCAAGCGGUGUUGUUCCUGAUGCUGUUUUCCCAAAGCGGGUCGCAGAAUAUGGCAAGCCAAAGGUGCUAAGAAAGCUGCAUCUAAGGUGACAAAUCCAUCUGAUGUUUUCGUUGUUGGUCGUGCUAUCUAUAUUUGAGGAAAAUUGUUUAUGUAUUUUGCUAGGCUGCUGGACAAGUUUUACCAUGAUUUUUCUCUCAUCCUUAAGAAAGC